AGAUCGGAGACAAAGGAGCAUAGAAACACAAACGGCCUCACAUAGCUCUUGAUGCAUAUAAAGCGUCAGUGGCUCGGCCACCAUUCGUUGUUGAAACACAUGCUGCCUAGCAGGUAAACUCCUUGGCUGCCAUCCCAAAUCUCACUUCAGAAUCCACGAUGUUCCUUCGAUCUCUCCUCGGGCUCGCCGCCACGGCGGCAGUCUGUCUCGGCGCCUCGCUGCAACAAGUGAGCAACUUUGGAACCAACCCUACCAGGAUCCAGAUGUACGCCUAUGUGCCGGACAAACUGGCAGCCAAGCCGCCCAUCAUUGUUGCGCUCCACCCCUGCGGCGGCAACGCUCAGCAGUGGUUCGGCUCGCUCAAGCUCUCGUCCUACGCCGACUCGAACGGCUUCAUCCUCAUCUUCCCGAGCACGCCGAACCAGAGCAACUGCUGGGACGUGCAGAACGGGGCCAGCCUGACGCACGGCCAGGGCGGCGACGCCCUGGGCAUCAUCAACAUGGUGAACUACACCAUCGACAAAUACGCCGCCGACCGCUCGCGCGUCUACGUCAUGGGCUUCUCGUCCGGCGGCAUGAUGACCAACGUGCUGGCCGGUUCCUAUCCCGACGUGUUUGAGGCAGGCGCGGCGUACUCGGGCGUGCCGUUCGCUUGCUUCCUUGGUGCCCCAUCCGCUACGCCGUUCAGUCCCAACCAGACCUGCGCGCAAGGAAUGCAGAAGACGCCGCAAGAGUGGGGAGCGCUGGUCCGCAACGCUUUCCCGGGCUACACGGGGCGCCGGCCGCGCAUGCAAAUCGUCCACGGCCUCGCCGACACGCUCGUGCGGCCGCAGUGCGCCGUCGAGGCCCUUGAGCAGUGGUCCAACGUGCUGGGCGUCGAGCUCAGCCGGAACGUGACGGGCGUGCCCUCGGCCGGCUGGACGCAGCAGAUCUAUGGCGACGGGACCCAGUUGCUUGGCUUCUUUGGACAGGGUGUCGGCCAUGCGCCGUCGGUGAACGAGCAGCAGCUGCUGAGGUUCUUUGGCCUGAUCAAUUGAUGUUGUCGGGAGGUGUCAUUAUGUACCUUAUUAUGUUCCCGGCUCGUUCCCGAGUUUCAACUUCGACCUCUCUCGUCGGACGGAGUUGAACAUGUAGAUACCUCAGCGAUGCAUGUCGGGAUGAAAAUGAAUGUACUCUUUUCAUUCCCUUAUUCGGAUUUAAAUUCGCGGUGUCAGACUUGCCCGA